AUGACAGUAGGAGUGCCUUUUUCGAGGCAGUUUCGGAAGAUAAUCACGAGUGAUCUUUAUGGAAUCGGCGAUCUUUCGGACCGAAAAUUCAGCCAUCAAGAAAUUGCUACAAUGCAGACCGGAACAGUCGUCUCCUUCCACGAACGAGGCUCCGAACUCCGCCGAGGAACCUUCCUCGUCUCUUCCGUCUCCGUCCUCCGUCGAAUCUCCCCCGGCCAACUGAUCGGCGAGCUACUUUCAAACCAAGAACUCACUCACUUCUGCCAAAUCAAGAAUCUAUCGACAAAGACCUACGCUACAUCUGUGAUAGAAGCAUACGAAUUCGUCAAAAAAGUCGGCGAAAAUACCCGAAUCAUGCAGAAAAUUUCGAUGAACAAGAACAUCGUUCCCGCGAAUAAAAGAGCGCUGCCGAGAGAGCCAGUUCAGGUUAUCAAUGUCGAUCCAGGGAUGGUUCGAGGAUUUUCCUUGAACCCGCAAAUGAAAAAGCAAAAGAGCGCCGAAGAAAGCUUCACCCGUGACUUCCCAAAAGGAAAACCGUCAACUGAAAACAAAGAAGAAAAUUAUAUCGACGAUGAUGAUGACAAACCUGUCAUUGACAGCUUUCAUGUUUCCAAUAGCAAUAAAGUCCACACCGUCGAGGAUAGCGAUGACGAUACCGGAGACGUCAAAGUCGAGCUAAUCGAAGAAGAUGACGAAGAAAUCGAGGAAAUCCGGUCAGAGCCCCCACCUCCUAUAGCAAUACCUCAGAAGCUAGAUACAGAAGCUCAGGCGAAUACAGCUCUGCAAAUACAACGACUUCUUGAGUAUCAAAAACAGAUGCAGACCUUGAAACUCAGUCCGCAAAUCAGACGAACCGGCGAAGUGGUCAAUAGUGGCGUCAGAAAAUACAACUCUCCAGGCACCAUCCGCGAUAUUUCCUUCAAUCAAGGGAAUCCUUCAAAGUACGGAAGAAUAACCGUCAUGUAA